AAAUGAUAUGAUAUAUAAAUUCGCCUUGGCUUGACUAGUGUAUUUCCCACUUAACUUGACGUGUCACUUUUGCAGAAUACUGGAGCAGUUGAAAUUGAGUAAUAAGCUCCCGAAUUAUUAUAUGGAACAAAAACAUUCAAAGCUAGGGGCCUAUUGACAAAACAAAAAGGAAAAUCUGAAAUUAGCAAUCCUCGCGACUUUGGAUGUGGGUGCGGUACAAAAAGUUUUUUAGCAGUGAGUUCAAGUAAAGGCACCGAAUAUAUUCUAAAAUGUUGACCAAUUUUGAAUCGAAGUCGGCGCGUGUCAAGGGUUUAUCUUUUCAUCCGAAACGACCAUGGAUUCUCGCCAGUUUACACACUGGGGUAAUUCAGUUAUGGGACUACCGUAUGCAUACAUUGCUUGAAAAAUUCGACGAGCAUGAUGGCCCAGUUCGUAGUGUCGCUUUCCAUCAACAAAUGCCGCUCUUCGUAUCAGGAGGCGAUGAUUACAAGAUUAAAGUAUGGAAUUACAAACUACGUCGUUGCAUCUUUACUCUUUUAGCUCAUUUGGAUUACGUACGCACAGUUGCAUUUCAUCAUGAAUAUCCAUGGAUUUUGAGUUCCUCAGAUGAUCAAACUAUUCGAAUUUGGAACUGGCAGUCACGAAAUUGCAUUUGUGUGCUUACCGGCCACAAUCAUUAUGUGAUGAGUGCUCAGUUCCAUCCAACAGAAGAUCAAAUAGUGUCGGCUUCAUUGGACCAAACUGUGAGAGUGUGGGACAUUUCAGGGCUACGUAAAAAGAAUGUGGCACCUGGACCUGGUGGAUUAGAAGAUCAUUUGAAGGGACAUCCCGGCACUACAGAUCUUUUCGGUCAAGCUGAUGCUGUGGUUAAGCAUGUGUUAGAGGGUCACGAUCGUGGUGUUAACUGGGCCAGUUUUCACCCUACUUUACCACUUAUCGUAUCAGGUGCUGAUGAUCGCCUUGUUAAAUUGUGGCGUAUGAACGAGUACAAAGCUUGGGAAGUGGACACAUGCCGAGGUCACUACAACAAUGUCUCCUGUGUACUUUUCCAUCCUAGGCAAGACUUAAUUCUUUCCAAUGGCGAAGAUCGUAGUAUACGCGUUUGGGAUAUGACUAAGCGUCAAUGUUUGUACACUUUCCGGCGUGACGGUGAGCGUUUUUGGAUACUUGCUGCGCAUCCGACAUUGAACUUAUUUGCCGCUGGACAUGACGGCGGUAUGGUUGUAUUUAAAUUAGAACGCGAACGUCCAGCUUACGCUGUACAUGGCAAUUUGCUGUAUUAUGUAAAGGAUCGAUUUCUACGUAAACUUGACUUCACAACCACUAAAGAUACAGUAGUAAUGCAAUUGCGUGGAGGUGGUAAAUCCCCAGUACACAGCAUGUCUUAUAAUCCGGCGUUGAAUGCAGUGCUCAUUUGUACACGCACAAAUAAUCUUGAGAAUAGUACCUAUGACUUAUACCAAAUUCCAAAGGAUUCUGAAUCUCAAAGUGAAUCGGAAUCAAAACGGUCAUCGGGUAUUACCGCCAUCUGGGUGGCUCGCAAUCGCUUUGCUGUUCUUGAUCGAAAUCAGCAGUUGGUCAUUAAAAACUUCAAAAAUGAGGUCACCAAAAAAAUUCCAACUUUCUGUGAAGAGAUCUUUUAUGCUGGCACAGGAAUGCUGUUGAUACGAGACCCCGAGUAUGUUACACUUUAUGAAGUGCAGCGAUUAGUAUCUGUUGGCUGUAUCAAAUUGGCUAAAUGCCGUUAUGUAGUUUGGUCUGCCGAUAUGUCUUUGGUAGCUUUACUCUGCAAGCACUCGGUGACUAUUUGCGACCGCCGUUUGCAAUAUUUGUGCACAAUCCAGGAGAACUGUCGUGUCAAGUCUGGCGCAUGGGAUGAUUCAGGUGUAUUUAUUUACACUACUAGCAAUCACAUUAAAUACGCUAUUACCAAUGGUGAUCACGGCAUUAUACGCACUCUUGAUUUGCCCAUUUACUUGACACGAGUUAAAGGAAAUCAAGUGUUUUGUCUGGAUCGCGAGUGUCGUACUCGCGUACUUCAUAUUGAUUCGACAGAAUAUAAAUUCAAAUUGGCUCUAAUUAAUCGCAAAUACGAUGAAGUGUUGCAUAUGGUGCGCAAUGCACGCCUUGUGGGUCAGAGCAUCAUUGCAUAUCUACAACAGAAAGGAUAUCCUGAAGUGGCUCUUCAUUUUGUCAAGGAUGAGAAAACACGUUUUGGAUUGGCUCUAGAAUGUGGCAAUAUCGAAAUCGCCUUGGAAGCUGCUAAGGCGCUCGAUGAUAAGGACUGCUGGGAUCGAUUAGGGCAAGCUGCAUUGCUGCAGGGUAAUCAUCAAGUUGUCGAAAUGUGCUACCAACGCACAAAGAACUUUGACAAGCUCAGUUUCCUCUAUUUAAUAACUGGAAAUCUGGAAAAGCUUAAGAAAAUGAACAAGAUUGCUGAAAUUCGCAAGGAUGUGUCAGCUCAGUAUCAGGGUGCACUUCUCUUGGGUGAUGUCAAGGAACGCGUGAACAUCCUUAAAAACUGCGGACAGCUUUCGCUAGCUUAUCUCACUGCUGCAACUCAUGGUUUCGAAGAACAAGCAGAACAGUUGGAAACUUUAAUCACACAGGAAGGCAAUGACUUGCCUGUGGUCAAUACCAAUGCAACAUUGCUUCAGCCUCCUGUUCCUAUUCAACAAGUAGAAAGCAAUUGGCCUUUGUUAACAGUAUCGAAGGGCUUCUUUGAGGGGGCAAUGAUUACACGUGCUGGCACUAGCGCUACGGCCAGGCAAGCAUUGAACGCCAAUGCCGAUGCGGCUGUCUUGGAUGAUGUCGGUGCAGGUGAUGGCUGGGGUGCAGAUGCUGAUUUAGGUAUUGAGGAAGAUGGUGACGACGAAAUGCAUGAUGCUUUAGAUAGCGAACCUGGUGCAGAGGGAGUAGGAGAGGAUGGAGCUGGUUGGGACGUAGGUGAUGAUGAUUUGGUAGUUCCAGAAGAACUCGCCUCGAAAAUUAAAGCAUCAGCUUUGGAUAAUGGUUUUUAUGCUGCCCCUAGUAAAGGAACCUCUGCUCCUCAACACUGGGCCAACCAUUCACCACUUGUAUUGGAUCACGUUAAAUCAGGAUCAUUUGAAUCAGCAUUCCGGCUUCUCAAUAGCCAAUUGGGUGUGGUUAAUUUUAAGCCUUUCAAAACACUAUUUUUGCAGAACUAUACAUGUGCGCGGACGAGUUUUACAGCCAUGCCCAAUUUGCAAUCACUAUCUGCAUAUCCCCUACGUAAUAGUGGCGAGACGAAUCCGAAGAAUCAACGACCAGCUUUGGGCGUAAAACUAAAUGAUUUAGUGCAACGCCUGCAAGCUGGUUACCAACUUACCACAGCUGGUAAAUUUACUGAAGCUAUCGAAAAAUUCCAUUCCAUAUUACUACACAUACCACUGUUGGUGGUGGAAACGAAGCAGGAUAUAGCAGAAACCCAACAAUUAUUGAAGAUUUGUUCUGAAUAUAUACUUGGUUUGAAGAUGGAAACAGAACGCAAGGGCAUGCCAAAGUCGACAUUAGAAGAGCAAAAGCGACUUUGUGAGAUGGCUGCUUAUUUCACACAUUGCAAACUACAGCCUGUUCACCAAAUCCUAACCCUACGCACAGCCUUGAAUAUGUUUUUUAAACUAAAGAACUAUAAGACAGCUGCAUCAUUUGCGCGACGCCUGCUUGAGUUGGGACCACGUCCGGAAGUGGCGCAACAAGUACGCAAGAUUCUGCAGGCGUGUGAAGUUAACCCCAUUGACGAGCACCAAUUGCAGUACGAAGAAUUCAAUCCAUUUAAUAUUUGUGGCAUAAGCUAUAAACCCAUAUACCGCGGGAAGCCAGAGAUAACUUGUCCGUUCUGUGGUGCCUCUUUUGAUCCACAAUUUAAGGGCAACAUUUGCACCGUCUGUGAAGUGAGCCAAAUCGGAAAGGAUAGUAUUGGUCUGCGUAUAUCGAGUUUGCAAUUUCGCUAAAAGUUACCAAUGGUCACAUAGUGUUUAUCGUUAGCUUGCCAAAAGUGGCUUUAAAUGGAAUAAAAUUGUAGACGAACUGUAUUAUUUUAGUUCAUUAUUUUAAAAAUAUACUACAAGCUAGAGGCGAAUAUGUAUUUGCCGAUUAUAUAAUUACGUGAAUCUUAUGUUAUUCUUGAUAUUCCCUUAAAAUUGGUAUAAUCAAACAAAUAAAUAAUACAAUAAAACA